UAAACCACAAGUCACAUGGCCCGCUUUCCGUUUUCAUACUUUCUGAUCGCUCAGAGAGGAGAAGUGUACCCAAAGUGCCGCGCUUUGCCAUGCUGCACUGAGCACUGCCCUUCAGCGCCAUGUCCCUGCGGCGGCUCGCCCAGCACAGCCAGCGCGCGGGCAGCGGGGAUCGGGGCGUGCAGAUGGACAGCAGGCGGCUGCAGCAGCUGGUCAGCACGGUGGGGACGCUGCCGAGGAGCCGCAAGCAGACACUUCAUUUCUAUAUUCAAAGAAGAUAAAGAGACAUUUGGCUUUGAAAUCCAGACUAUUAGAUUUCCAAACCAAACCGAUUACUCCUUGGAGGUAUGCACUUGCGUCUGCAAAAUUCAAGAGGAAAGUCCUGCCCAUGUUUCUGGCCUUCAGAUUGGUGAUAUUCUUGCCAACGUCAAUGGAGUGAACACCGAUGGUUUUAGUCACAAGCAAAUUGUAGACUUGAUAAAGUCUUCAGGGAACUAUUUAAGGCUGGAGACCGUCAACGGGGCCCUGUUCCUGAGGAAGAUGGAGCUGGAGAACAAGCUGCAGCUGCUGAAGCAAACUCUGCAGCAGAAGUGGGUGGAGUUGCGCUCCCUGCACUUACAGGAACAGCGUUUGCUGCAUGGAGAGGUGAAUGACAACGCUCUGCUGGAGCUGGAAGAGGCCAACUUAUCUGAGGGCUGUAUGCCAAGACCACUCUCUCUGACCAAGACCCGAUUCUCCAGUGAGAGCAGCUCCCGGAGCCGCCUGAGCUCCAUGACUCUGGACAGCGAGGACAGCUUCUACCAGAGCGGUGCCUUCGACGACUCUGCAGCAGAGAGCCUGAGCCGCCAGUCCAGCAUGGACGAUGACUGCUUCCUACCGAGGGAUGGCGAUGGCACGGCCGGGAGGUGCUCCCUGCGCAGGCACCGCAGCAUCAGCCUGGCCAGCAGCGGCUCCAUGUCCCCGCUGUGGGAGAGCGGCGGCAGCUCCAGCAGCUUCGGGACGCUCCCGAGGAAGAGCAGGAGAUCGAGCGUUCGAAAGCAGCUCCUGAAAUUCAUUCCAGGUCUUCACCGGGCGCUGGAGGAGGAGGAAAGCCGGGUGUGACCCUGCAUUCCCCAGGGCCAGGAGGAGCAGCAUGAGGCUGCAUUUGUUCCUUACCCACACGGCCUUACAGCAGGACUGAUGGUAUUUAAAAUGCUCUGAUUUAUUAAUUAUUUUAAUUUUUAAUCGGAGUGAAUCGUGGACUUCUUCAUUAACAUAAAAAAUGACUAGCUCCAAGACGUGAAGAACUGUGAGCGACUCCCUCAGCAUAUUUAGUGUUAAUGAUGGGUUUUAAUCAAGUGCAAAUUUUCUAACUAUUUAUUUUCUGUUACCGAAGUCAAUCUUCAGAGAUCUUCAAUAAAGCAAGAGCUUCUACUAA